CCCCACCAUCUUACUAUGCCUACGAAACAACCACGUUCGUCGUCGACAUCAAAAACCACCGUCGAAUUCAUCAAAACUUGGCUUUUCAACAUCUUCACUCCCUUCAGCCUCCUAUUACAUCUCUUUUAUCUCACAAUCCAGAGUGUCAUCAUCCUUCUAUUCAAACCUCGUUUUCCUCCAAAAGAGAUCAAACAUCCUUAUGCUCGCAUCGCAGUCAUAGGUGCAGGCCUGACUGGCGUGUCUUCCGCUGCCCAUGCUAUUGCUCACGGUUUUGAUGUUGUCUUGUACGAAGCAAGCGAUCGCCCGGGUGGAAUAUGGUCUCGCGAAAAUAAAACAUCUGGUCUGCAGCUGAAUUCACUGCUUUAUCGCUUCCAUCCUGGUGUGCAGUGGUCCCGCGCAUUCCCUCAGCGAGAUGAAAUCCUUGAUCAGAUAUCAAAAAUAUGGAAAGAGUAUGGGCUUGAGUCAAGGACGCGUCUGAAUACUCCGGUGGAAAAAGUUCAACGUAUUCGUAGAGUGUGUGAAGACUCGGACUCAACUGAGAGUCCUGAAGGAUAUGUAGCCUCGCCCUCCCAGUGGAUUAUCAACGGAGGUGAGGAUGGUAAAUUCGACGCAAUGAUUGUGACUAUUGGAACUUGCGGUAAGCCGAAGUGGGUUGGCUUCGAAGGCAUGCCAGACGGCGUUGGUAAAUCUCAAGGUGCGAAGAAGAGUAAGGAUCAGGCGGAUACGGGAGACGAAGGACUCAAGAGUGAGAAACGUAAAGGGCAACACCUCUCGGACGAGGAUAACAUGGCAAAAGGCAACGUAGGACUCAAAGGUGCCCGAAAGCAGCCAAAACGAGGCAAGCACGAACUUGUCGAAGAGACUACCAAAGUCGAAAAUAUUACCGCUGCUAAGCACGAUGAAAGUGAAACAGCAUCGCCAACUACACCAAUCAAGGAGACGGCGCAUUAUCCAUUUAUUCAGCCAUAUCCACAACGUGAAUCUCCUCAUGUUAAGGGAAAAGAAGCACGCGCGAAGGAUCAGGAUACAUACGAAGGUCCAGUUUUGCAUUCCUCACAACUGGAUAAUGCUACACCAGAAGUAUUGAAAGGGAAGACAGUGGUCGUAGUUGGCAGUGGUGCUUCCGGUGUCGAAGCAGUGGAAACAGCUCUAGGGCGAGGAGCUGCGCGAUGUGUGAUGUUGGCGCGAGAAGACAAGUGGAUUAUUCCAAGAAAUAUCGUAUUUGACACGUUUCUCUCUGCACAGCCCUUUGGGCGGGAAAUGCCAUUCAGCUUCUUGUGGGAGAAUUUCCUUCGAGUCUGGCAAUAUCACGGUGUUCAAGAUUUGGUACCGGAAAAGGGCAUAUUUGGAGGUACACCUGUUGUCAACGACGAGUUUCUUGGGCAUGUCCGACGUGGUCGAUGUGUGUAUAUACGCGGGGACACAUUGCGUUUCACUCGUCACGGUGUACUUGCGAAUGUACGCGAGCGUAUCGAGCGUGGUGAAUCGCUUGGCCUCGGUGGUGGGGUCAGGGAAUGCGACGUGAAAGACAUCAAGGAACAAACAGGGAGGGUGCACGAACCGAGAGAAAAGAAGAAGGGCACGAUAAUUGACAAGCCUAGUCAGAAGGACUUACCCAGGGUCGAGGAAAUCGCCGCUGAUAUCAUUGUGCUUGCCACUGGGUAUGAGAGACCCGACCUAAGCUUUUUGCCUAAGGAGUUGUUCCCCGAGGGAUAUGAUAGACCGAACAUGUACCUACAAAACUUCUCCACUGAGGAUUGGUCUGUUUUGAUGACAAAUUCAGCGUAUCUGAACGCUAUAGGCACAGUUGGACAUUUCCAUAUUGGAAUAUACACUCGCAUUCUGUUAACGCUUUUACUUGACCCAAAUGCGCGCCCUUCACCCAAAGAUAUGAAGCUUUGGGUUGAUGUAGUGCGCUUCGUCAAGAAAGGUGCUAGUGGCGGCGCAUUAGGAUUCUUCACGUAUAUGGAAUUAACGAUUUGGCUGAUAACGUUUCACCUUUUCCGACCUGACAGGCUUAGAUGGUUGUUCUUCAUUAUGCAAGGUUGGGGUGUGAGGCCUGACGAUGAGCGGUUAGUCCGGAACAUGAAGGAUGGAACCAGAAACGUGCAGGAAGGCAAAGUGGAAGUUUAGCCGCAGAAAUCGGAUGCUGGGGAAGAACACACAGAAGGCAGUGAACUGAUUAACUCUAGGUGGAACACACAAGCUAUUGUGUUGACCAUUUUAUUCUAAGAUCUAUUGUAUUUUUACGUAUGGGAGAGGGAUUCGCAUCUCAGAUCUUAGUAUCAAUGUAUGACUCCACCUAAACUGCAAGCUAUUGCUGUGUCGUUAUCAUGCUCAGGAA